UCGAGCGCCGCUGUGUUUAGAGGGAAAACACCGCAGGCCUGGACAAACUCCAGAAAUUAAAGAAAAGAAGGGGGGAAAGAAAGCAAGAAAAAAGCUUAAAUUUAUUGCAGUAGAUUGUUGGCUGCUGAUGGAAGCAGGAAUGGCAGACGGAGCGUGUUUUUGGCGCCUGGUUAGUGAUCUGAUCCGGCACACAAAGUGGACUUCUGCGGGGCUUUAAAGUUUUGUGGAUGUUAAACAUGCAAGGACUACCAACCAUCUCAAGAGAAGUUCUAUGAAAAAGUUGGACCUCUGGUAUUCUGAACUCCAUUGACUAUCUUGCAUAUGUAUAUUUAUACCUAAUCCGAAAACUCACCAUAACCAUGCUGUGCAAGAAAUGGCUUCUGCUAAAUGUCCAAGCACAAACAUCCUAAAACCUGCUCGUACGUAUGAAGCGAUGUUCCACGAAAAGAAGCAGCUAAACAGCCACCUACAGACCCAUGACUCCAACAAGCAAGAGCUACAGUGUGAAGAGUGUGGCAAACACUACAACACUCGACUGGGUCUGAGACGCCACGUGGCUACCCACGUCACCUCUGUGACCGGAGACCUUUCCUGUAAGGUGUGCCGUCAGGUUUUUGAAAGCAUGCCGAGUCUUCUCGAGCACCUGAGCACCCACACCGGCCGUCCUCCUCCGGGCGGGGCCGUGCGAGAACGAAAGCACCAGUGUGAGCGCUGCGGCCGGCGCUUCUUUACUCGUAAGGAUGUGAGGCGUCACGCCGUGGUGCACACAGGCAGAAGGGACUUCCUGUGCCCUCGCUGCGCUCAGCGCUUCGGCCGACGUGACCAUCUUACCCGCCACCUGAAGAAGAGUCAUGCCCAGGAACUGGACGUCCUCACGUCCGCGCCCCCCAGUGUGGUGAAGGAAGAACCGAGUCUGACCAUGUGCACCUCGGGAUCUCCUAAGGAUGCCUCGGAAGCAUUUUCGAUGGGUAUGUUCAACCCUCAAGGUCUGCAGAGUGCCUCUACCUCAGGGGUCAGUCACCAUCAUUCUGUGGUGCCUGGAUCCCUAUCCAGCCCCAUGGGUGUGGGCUGUUAUUUUGAGCCAAGCAAGCACCAGCCCCAACAGUACCAUGAGGCUCAGCGAUACCAGCCUGCCUCCGCUACCUCAUAUCUGAAAGUUGAGAUGGAGAACUUCCUGAACGAGCUCCAGUGUGGCCCGAUGCCACCUCAGGCCACAGUUGCAACCUCUGCGUCCAGACCGAGUGACCUUCUUCCUGAUAGCCUGGGAGGUCAACCUGCCCACUUCACCCUCAGGAACGCCACUGCCGAGGCUUCACCCACCGCUGCUAACGUGGACCUCUCGCCACUGCUGGGCUUCCUGCCGUUCGGUCUGCCACCGUACAGUGCCCCUUUGAGUUCAGGAGGCCUUGUGAUGGGAUACUCUACAACUACCACAGAUUGCUCACCGACUCCUACCUCUCAGCUCCCUGGGCCGCUCGCCUCGUUUCAGCCGCAGCCGCUGCACGAGCCUCAUGCCUUGGGGCAUUUAAAUCAGCCUCCUGGUUUCUCUCCUACUCUACCUCGAUUCCAUCAGGCCUUCCAACAGUGAUGUUCCUUCUUAAACUGAGUGAUGCGUAUCCUCGCGUACACCUCCAGAGAAGCACUCAGCAGACUUCGAUCGAAGGCUCUUACUUUACAGAUACGACUCGAUAAAAUUCUGUAGAAUAAGAUGAUUUGGGAGAAUUUUGGAUUGAAUAGAGAUUGUUUUAGAAUAGUUUUGACUUAGCUUUUAUUAUUUUAUUUUUUUUCCUUAGUACUUCUUCCCUUUAUUUGAUUGUAGUGAUUUAUGGUGUUAUUUAGAUUCAUUUAGUAUCGAGAAGUCUGCAUUGAACUAAACUGAGGAAAUACGAUGAUGUGCAAAAGUCAGAGACCGCCGUUUAUUUCAACUAAAUUCCAGUCAAAAUGGCAAGUCAAAGAAAUGUCUGCAGAUCAGACAGUAAUGCAGGGAACAUGUAUUGAACUGGAAAUUAAACAAUAGUGUCUACAUUUACAUUUCUGGCAGACGCCCAGAGCUGCUUACAAUUUCUCAUUUAUACAACUGAGCAAUUAAGAGUUAAGGGCCUUGCUCAAAGGUCCAGCAGUGGCAGCUUGGUGGACCUGGGAUUUAAACUUCCGAUCAGUAAUCCAACACCUUAACCACUAAGUUACACGUGUGUGUGUGUGUGGAUGUAUUCCCGCUUAACACCCAGUGGUCCCGGGAUAGGCUCCACUGCAGUCCACACCUAGAUAAAGCAGUUAUUGGGGAUAAAUAAAAUGGAAGCCAACACAGCUACGCUCGUUAUAGCAGGAAACUCAGAAGUGUCAAAAAAUCUGAAAGGUUUCAAAUAAUUUUAACAUCUGUCUCCUAGUGUAACAUCAGAGACAAGAUGCAGCUGCGAUAACAACUCAUAUCGAAAGAUGUUAAGACGUACCCUUCAAAAAUGACACAUACCUUCAAGCCAGCAAGUUUGUGUCUAAAAUGGCUACAGGAUAUAUUUUCGAGAAGGGUACUUGCCUUGCAUAUAGAAGCGGAAAGGCCAAAGGAAAUUCUGUUGAAACUUAUGCGGUGUGUAAUUUCCAAAGCUGGAUGUGUUGAGAAUUGGCACUGUAGAUAUCGCAGUGAGAUGAUGUUUGGGAGUAUUUUUGGUUACUGGAGGUGUUGAGAGAAGAACAUGGAACAGUGGAACCUCGGCAUAUGAAUGCCCUCUCUUACGAAUUUUUGCAUUGGUAUAUGAAGAAUUUUCAGCAUACAAACAAACCGAGCUGAACUUUGGCUAUGUUGCGCAUAUGUCCAGGAGCCGUUCAAAACUCGUUUGCAUCAGUGGAAAGCCAAACAAAGCCGAAGUGAGUUUACAAAUUUUUGUCUAGUCAGCGAAAGUUGUUUAGAAAGAGUCAACCCACGAUACCAACGUUGCCUUCAGCAUGCAUGCGAAAGCUAGGUGAUUUUUCGGGCAUUUUUUUGUUGACCGAUCCGUGGCGUGGGCGGUCUGUUCUUAUUUUUAGCCCAAGCUUGGUGGCACGACUUCCUGUGAGGAGCCUUGACAUGGAAUGCUUGGCUUGGGUCAGUUCUUUGUAAGCAGCCGUACAGUUUCCAUACGCUUCGUAUUGGGAAAAUUGGUCAUGUUUUUGGGCGGCUGGAACGGAUUAUCUACAUUUACAUUAUUUCUUAUGGGAAAAUUCGUUUCACGAUACAAAUUUUUCGCCUUAAGAACUCGCCUUCAGAACCAAUUAAAUUCGUAUCCCGAGGUUCCACUGUAUAUCAUACAUACCAGAAGAGUCGGAGCUGUAACAAAAGUAAGGGUAGAUAUACUGAAUACUAAAAGUUCUGAUCUUAAACCUGCACAAGUUAUUUUGACACUGAAAAACUCCAUACCGUGCACUUACUGUCUGGAAAUGAAAUGAACCAAAAGGGUGAUCUCUGACUUUUACGCAAGUUCUGUACCUUGUAAUAUUCUUUGGAAAAAGAGACUGGAUUAUCACAGUGUUCUCCAUUGUACAAGCACUUUUCUCAGUCAGAAGCACUUCCAUGACUCAAGAGUCAGUUUUAAACUGUGGUCUAAAUCACAUCCCAACUCGCAGCUUUCACGCAGUAUAUAAUCUACCUCUUUUAGUGGACUUCUCCGCCGGGGAGCCGUCUCCCCUCUCGUGAUAUUGGCUAGAAAAGCAAAGUGAAUACCUGUAUGAAAUGAUGUAGUGGAUGUAGAGAACUUAAAAGCAAAAAAAAAAAAAAAAAAAAGUGGGGAUUUUAGAGUGCAUUUCAGUAGUAAGGAAACUGAGACGAUUAUAGAGUCAGGUGUUAUAAUUAAAAUAAAAAUUAGCUUUUAUUCGUGUUGUUUUAGCGUUUUAAGGUGAAAUUUGAAACGGUGCUGUUGCUUUCCGUGGAUCGACGGCGUACGGAACAACGGUGUGAAGUGUGAAGACAAUUUUGUUUGUCUUGUUGCCUGUAACUCUUAAUUUCUCUCUGUUCAUUCCAUAAAUUCAUCGGAAAAGCAAAUGAUUUGAAAUAUCGAAAUACUUCACAAAGGAAUAGCUACUGAAGGAACGUAUGAUUAGUGGUCCCCCCUCCCCAGUCCUUUAAUCCCAUUUAAAAACAAAGUAUUUUUGUCUCAUGUGAUUUCUGUUACUUUUCCCAUUACGGAUAUAUUACACGAGUUAAUGGUUAUUGACGGUCCCAUUUUCUGCAAAUGGCACGAACGACUCGGGAGAAGAAAAUCGUCGGCGAGAUGAAUUCGGUUUCUGCUACAGAAGGAAAAGGGAAAAAAAGGCCCGAGUCGAAAUGGAACUGGAACCCAUUGUUACUGUGACGUGUUUGGACUCAGACGUAACUACCUCAGACAUAUCUGCAACUGUGUUUAUGUGGGUAUCUCACUGGAGUAAGAUGGUUUACAUCUUUAAUAAUGUCCAAUCGUGGCACUUGUUGUCGUUCAGUUGGUCUUUUGUUAAGUCUUUUUUCACAUUUUCAAGAAAAAAAAGGCUGAAUUCAUUAAAUGUACUUAGGAACAAAUUCAUGGAUGACAGAGAAAAUAAAGUAUC